AUGAUUCCCUCCUUUUAAUUUGCAUCUGCAUUGAAUUUCAUUUUAAUUUGCAUUUCAUUUGUAAUAAGAUUUUAGGGAAUUUCUCUUUUUAAGUUUUAACUUAAACCCCCAUCUCCCAUUCUCUUCUCUCUCUCAGAAAAACAAACAACCUUUUCACUCUAUAUAUUCUCUUGCGUUUCUUCUUCUCUUUCAGUAGAGAAGAGAAAACCCAGAGGAGAAACCGUUCUCUUCUCACAAAUUCAGCCUCUCCCUCUAUAACUCUAGAAGGCACGCAUUAAGCAAUGGCAGACGGUGAGGAUAUUCAGCCCCUUGUAUGUGACAAUGGAACAGGAAUGGUGAAGGCUGGAUUUGCUGGAGAUGAUGCUCCAAGAGCCGUAUUCCCUAGUAUCGUUGGUCGACCUAGACAUACCGGUGUUAUGGUUGGAAUGGGACAGAAAGAUGCAUAUGUUGGUGACGAGGCUCAGUCUAAAAGAGGUAUUCUUACGUUAAAAUACCCAAUUGAGCAUGGUAUUGUAAGCAACUGGGAUGAUAUGGAGAAGAUCUGGCAUCACACCUUUUACAACGAGCUUCGGGUGGCUCCCGAAGAACAUCCAGUUCUCCUUACUGAAGCCCCUCUCAAUCCUAAAGCCAACAGAGAGAAGAUGACACAGAUUAUGUUUGAAACUUUCAAUGUCCCUGCCAUGUACGUCGCCAUUCAAGCUGUGCUUUCUCUUUAUGCCAGUGGUCGUACCACAGGUAUUGUGCUAGAUUCUGGUGAUGGUGUCAGUCACACAGUCCCCAUCUAUGAAGGUUAUGCCCUCCCACAUGCGAUCCUCCGUCUGGACCUUGCUGGACGGGAUCUGACUGAUUCACUCAUGAAGAUCUUGACUGAAAGAGGGUACAUGUUCACGACUACUGCUGAACGGGAAAUUGUCCGCGACAUUAAGGAAAAACUUGCCUAUGUAGCUCUUGACUACGAACAGGAGCUGGAGACAGCAAAAAGCAGCUCAUCGAUUGAGAAGAAUUAUGAGCUUCCUGAUGGUCAGGUUAUUACCAUUGGAGCAGAGAGAUUCCGUUGUCCAGAGGUUCUUUUCCAACCUUCAAUUAUCGGAAUGGAGGCACCUGGAAUUCACGAGACCACAUAUAACUCGAUCAUGAAGUGUGAUGUUGAUAUCAGAAAGGACUUGUACGGGAACAUCGUGCUCAGUGGUGGGUCUACUAUGUUUCCUGGAAUUGCCGAUCGUAUGAGCAAGGAGAUAACUGCUCUUGCCCCAAGUAGCAUGAAAAUCAAAGUCGUGGCACCGCCAGAGAGGAAGUACAGUGUUUGGAUUGGAGGCUCCAUCUUGGCUUCUCUCAGCACCUUCCAGCAGAUGUGGAUCUCAAAAGGAGAAUACGAUGAGUCCGGUCCAUCAAUUGUCCACCGUAAGUGCUUCUAGAUUUGCAGGGAGUUUUGGUUUUGUUUGUUGUGAGUUUACAAGGGUCAGACUCCAUGGUUUGAUUUUAUGUUUGAGUUGUUUCCUUCAUUUUAUUUGGUUCUUUUUUCCUAGCCCCGUGUAUGAAUAUAUUGUCAAAAGAGAUACUUACAGGUUUUAUGUGUACUUAAGAUAAGAGCAUUGUAGGUAAGAUAUGUGGUUCGAUUUCAUUGUUAUUGUUUGGGAUGUACCAGUGAAUUUUAUAUUGGCUUUCUUAUACUUGUAGUCUAGUGGUAUGAUCUGC